AUGAUCCCAGGGCUGUCAAGUCAUCGCCGACCCAUUCUUCGAGCCGCGCUGGCGGCGUGUGUCGCUUCCGCGGCCCUGACGGGCUGCGCGUAUGACGGCGGUCUCCCGUACUCGGCGGACCAGUUCACGUACGACUCGACGCCGUGGCGUCCGUACACGGUGUCUCUGAUCGACACGCGUACGGGCGAGACGGUGUGGCUCGUGGAUAUCCCGGUGGAGCACACGCUGCAGUGUUCGUUCCGGACGGGCUCGGGCCCGAACAGCUACAAGCCGGACAUGAUGACGUGGAAGGUGUUCCCGACGGACCGCUCGUCCUCGACGAGCCGGAACACGCUGCCGGUGCCUGAUUCGACGGCGCGUCGUCUCGACGUGGUGAUCCGUCCGGUUCCGGAGUUCCCGGAUUCGACGCCGGGUCGCUCGCCGUUCACGCAGCCGUCGCAGGCGCCGGCGCAGAACACGCCGGUGAGCAACGACACGCCGCCUGCGGAUGAGCCGCCGGAGUCGGAGGAUCUCGAGGUACAUCCAGACGACGGUGAUGAGGACGACGAAGCCGCCGUACCACUCCAUGUACUUCGGCGCGCCGUUGAUCGCGCCUUCCUCGAUGACCUGGAAGUCGAGGACGAGGUUGGCGCUGGCGAGGGCGAUGACGAAAAGGGAGAAGCCGAUGGAGAUCAUGCCGCCGUUGGCGAUGGCCAUGUAGAAGAGCAGGCCGAGCGUGAGCGUGACGGUGACGUUUCUGAAGGUGCGGUUGGGGCGGAUGAUGCGGAAGCCGUAGGCGGUGAGCAGGCCGCCGACGACGCCGAAGGUGAUGAGCCCGGCGUUGAGGAUGAGCUGCGUGUUGAGCUGUCCGGAUUCCUGCGCGAACUGCUGGGCGUAGACGGCGGAGACGCCGCCCACGAGGAUGCCCUCGGCGAUGGCGACGAGGGGGGCGGUGAAGGUCGCGGCGGAGGGUUUGAAGACGGUGAUGAGGCUCAGGAUGAAGUGGCCGGCGAUGCCGCCCAGCAUGAGCUUCCAGGCGAGGCCGGGGUUCUCAAGCGUGACGUUCCACGCGGUGAUCGCUGUGACGCCGCAGAACGCGAAGAGAACGGCCGUUUUGAUGACGGUGCCCUGGACGGUCAUGGCGCCGGGGCGUGCCUCGACCUGCUCCUGGGGGAGGCCGGUUGUGCCGCGGGUCUCGAGGCGGUCCAGGAGGUCGGUGGCGAGCAUGCCGCCGUCGGCGCGGUUCUCGUCGGCCCAGGCGCGUCCGGCGCGGGCGUGGGCGAGGAUGGGGCGGCGGUGGUGCUGGGCGAUGAGGGAGGCGAUGACGCCGGCGAGGACGUCGCCCGAGCCGCCCGUGGCGAGGGCGGGGUUGGGCUCGUUGUGGGUCCAGGUGCGAAGGCCGUCGGUGACGACGGUGGCGGCGGACUUGAGGACGACGACGGCGCCGAGGCGCUGAGCGAGCUGCUCGGCGGCGUGGGCGCGGGUGGCGGGGUCUUCGGGGUCGGCCGUGAUGCCGAGGGGCUUGGCGAGGCGCUUGAACUCGCCGACGUGGGGCGUGAGGACGCAGGGGGCGCGGAGGUCCUUGGGGUAAUCGCUGAGGUUCGCGAGGUUGUUGAGGGCGUCGGCGUCGAGGACGAGGGGGGUCUCGUCCUGACCGCCCCCGGCGAGGCGGAGGACGGCCGCGGCGGCGCCGUCCGAGACGCCCAGCCCGGGGCCGAUGGCGACGGCGUUCGCGUCGCGUGCGAGCUCGUCGAGGCGGGGGGCGCACUCGUGGGGGACGAGGCGGCCCUGCUCGUCGACGGGGAGGGCGAUGCCGGUGACGGGGAGGGCUUCGGCGAGGGCGGGGACGAGGAGGGGCGCGGGGAGGGCGAGCUUGGCGAGGCCCGCGCCGGCGCGGAGGGCGGCGAGGGCGCAGAGGGCGGGGCCGCCGGGCAUGGUGAGGCCGGACUCGGCGUCGCGGGCGCCGCCGACGACGGCGACGGUUCCGAAGGUGCCCUUGCGGCGCGACGGGCCGUGCUGCGGCGGCUCGUGGUGCGGCGGCGGGAGCUGGACGUGCCGACGAGACGGAGGCCGCUCUUGCGGGCGGUGGUGCGGCGCUUGGCCGGGCUCUUGCGAGCGGCGGGCUUGCGGGCGGUCGUCUUGCGGGCGGUGGACUUGCGAACGUUCUUCUUCGCGGUGGUCUUGCGAGAAGUGUUCUUCUUGGCGGUGGACUUGCGGACCGGCUUGCGGGCCGUGGACUUGCGAGCGGUGGUCUUGCGACCCGUGCUCUUCUUCGCCGUCGACUUGCGGACCGGCUUGCGGGCUGUGGUCUUGCGAGCGGUGGUCUUGCGACCCGUGCUCUUCUUCGCCGUCGACUUACGGACCGGCUUGCGGGCCGUGGUCUUGCGGGCGGUGGUCUUGCGACCCGUGCUCUUCUUCGCCGUGGUCUUGCGAGCGGCCGGCUUGCGGGCCGUCGUCUUGCGGGCGGUGCUCUUGCGAGCGUUGCUCUUGCGAGCGGCGGGCUUGCGGGCCGUCGUCUUCUUCGCGGUCGUCUUGCGACGGGCGGUGGUCUUGCGGCCGGCGGUGUUCUUCUUGGCGGUCGACUUGCGGACGGGCUUGCGGGCCGUGGUCUUGCGAGCGGUCGACUUGCGGGUGGUGUUCUUCUUGGCGGUGGUCUUGCGAGCGGCGGGCUUGCGGCUCGUGGACUUCUUCGCCGUGGUCUUGCGGGCGGCCGGCUUGCGGGCCGUGGUCUUGCGAGCGGUCGACUUGCGGGUCGUGCUCUUCUUGGCGGCGGGCUUGCGAGCGGUGGUCUUCUUCGCCGUGGUCUUGCGAGCGGCGGGCUUGCGGGCGGUGGUCUUGCGGGCCGUGGUCUUCUUCGCGGUCGUCUUGCGACGGGCGGUGGUCUUGCGGCCGGCGGUGUUCUUCUUGGCGGUGGUCUUGCGAGUGGGGCUCUUGCGAGCGGCGGUUUUGCGGGUCGUCGUUCGCUUGGCGCCCGACGUACGUCGCGUACGGCUGCUGGUCUUGGUGGGCAUAACUUUCAUGCUCCUGGGUGUGCGGGGCGUGGCGCCGCGGCGCUCGUCGACCCCUUGGAUUCGGUCGCCCCCUGCACUGGCCGGGGCAUGA